CCACAAGUCGGUUCAACGCUUUUAUUUCUCUUUUCUCCAUUUCAAAACCUGUCCCCUCUUCAUCUACUUAUACACACGCAUAUACUUACAACUAUACACUCCCUCGAAACUCACAAAAAUGGCGGACCGAGGCUUAAAAGUGAUCGACGGAGCAGACCUUCGAUCCACCGAUCUCACUCUGCCGGAGCUUACUUCCACCGUCACCGGCGAUCAUCUCAUCAAACUCGUAGAAUCCGCCGUUUCCGCUUCACUCUUUGGCCUUACAUUGCCGGAAUAUCUCAAGUCUUCAGCUCUCCGCCGUCUCGACAUCGGCGAGUCUUUUGCGACCAAGGAGUUUCAAGUCGACGAAGCUCGUGUUGUUGCUAAAGACUUUAUCGCCGCCAUCGCCGAUCAACUUCAAGAUGAUCCUCUUGUUGUAGCUGUUCUAGAUGGGAAACCUAUUAGUAUGUUUUUGGAGGAUGAAGAUGAUUUUGCAAUGUUGGCAGAAGAUCUUUUCACUGAUUUAGAUACCGAAGAUACAGGAAAGAUUAGUAAAAAGGAAAUAAGAAAUGCUCUAGCCUGUAUGGGUGUUGAAAUGGGCAUUCCUCCUCCUUCAGAGUUUCCGCCUUUAAAUGAAAUCUUAAAGAAGCAUGGAGCAGACGAAGACAAGCAACUGGGGCAGGCACAAUUUGCACUAGUUCUGCAGGCAAUUCUGCAAGAUCUGGCAGAUGCUUUGGCUAAGAAGCAUAUUGUCAUUAUCCAGAACAUCAAGAUCAGUAAUGGAUCUAAGCUAAUUAAGCUAUUGGCCAAUGAAAAGCUUUUGAACAACACAAUAGAUAAGAUAUUGCAGGACAGCCAUUUAGGGAACGAUGAGCCAACUGAACAAGUAAUUAGGCAAUAUCUCGAGGAAAAUGGUGGGGAAUUAGGGUUGCCACCAAAAGCAGCUGAUGAUGAUGUGAUUCUUUUGUAUGAUUCUAUAUUUGCUAAUGUAGUUACUAAAAAGCAGAGUACUUCAGAGUCAGAGAAGGACGAUUUUAAACUUCUGAUGAUAGAGAUUCUUGGAAAAUUCGCAGAGCAGCUUGAAAUUAAACCUGUUCUUCAUGAUAUUGACAACUGAAGUCUGAAGGGUGAUCGAGCGGGCAACACUUCCUAUCUGUAUUGUUGGCCACUUAUGUUUCGAUAUCAUAUAUAUGUAUACAUUAUAUACUGGAUUUACUUGGGGACAUAUAUCAUGUAACUAACUGAUACAAAAUAUUACAGCAAAAGACUUAUGCAAGUUUACAAGUCCAUGCAACUUUUUAUUUUC